GAUAAAAGAAGGCGUUUCUGGGAUCUGUUUAAGCUGCCACCGAAACGCUGACUUUUGAAAGUGGCCUACUUAAGUGCACCAGGCAGUUCACGAUAUCCAUUCAUCCAUAGAUUGCCUACAGAUCGCUUACUAAGCGAUCCUACCUAUCUUUCACCCUUUGCGAUGGCUUCAGAUGCGUCACCUAUAUCAGUCUUAUUCGCGCGUGGCCUCCUAGCCCGCCUCGCGCUAUGGCCAGCUCUUCGCAUCGCAGUGCACCAAAACUGGGGAGGUCCACAAAGCGCACAAAAACAACGCUGGUUAGCGGGUGUCAUCACAGAUGAAUUCGAAGCAUCCAUUCCACCACCAUCUGCUUCAUUGACGGCUUUCGAUUCUCAUCAAUCAGCCCCAAUGCAUCCGUCAUACGCGCUCCCUGAGCCUGAUACCGAAUACAUAGAAACGAUGCUGCUCCAGAUCAUGGAUGACGAGUUUGAGGUCGCGCUCGAAGAUGGAAGCGCGUUCGACGUUGCUAGAGAUGUUGUGCGUUUGUGGGCCGAUGCGAAGGAGGGCAAAGAUGGAUAUGUCAAGGAAUUGGAGAUACAAGCGGAUCGGAUGAAAGGAAAAAUGCCACAGUAUGAAGUUGAUGCAGGGAGUGCAAGUGAUUGGGAAGAUAGCGACGAUGAUAACGAGGAUGAGAGUGGAAGCGACAGCGAAAAUUUUGGGGAGGUUGUUCCACAGCUGCUCAACCGCGCAAAGGAAGUACCAGACAUUGACGAGGAUGGCUUUACUACCGUAAAGAGGAGGGGAGGCAGAUAAAAUACCAAGUUGUAAUCUAAUUAGACAAGACAUGCAACAUCUAGUCGCUAUCUGAACU